CGAGCGUCCUUGCGCGCGGAGCGGAGCGGUCAUGGUACCCGGAGUGUGGUCGCUGAUGAGGUUCCUCAUCAAGGGCAGUGUGGCUGGGGGCGCUGUCUACCUGGUGUACGACCAGGAGCUGCUGGGGCCCAGCGACAAGAGCCAGGCGGUCCUUCAGAAAGCUGAGGAGGUGGUCCCCACCGCCGUGUACCAGUUCAGCCAGUACGUGUGCGAGCAGACAGGCCUGAAGAUACCCCAGCUCCCAGCCCCUCCAAAGUUUAACUUUCACAUCCGCGAGUCCUGGAAUUCAGGCAUCAUCACGGUGAUGUCCGCUCUGUCCGUGGCCCCCUCCAAGGCCUGGGAGUACUCCAAGGAGGGCUGGGAAUACCUGAAGGAGCGAACCAAGUAGCCUGUCAAGAGGAAGCUGCCUGCCCCAGGCGGGAACAGGGGCCAGGACGCCAUGGACGCCAGACUGGGACCCCACUCCUAGGGCAGCUCCCGGCCUUGCCGGCCCAAUAAAGGACUUGGAAGUGUU